AUGGCUUACAUCAAGACCGGUAACAUUCAAGUAGGUUUCGGGCUGCUGGAAAUCAGUGCUAAGGAUGGUGAGACCUUGAUAGUGUUUGAAAGUCCGGUUCGGUCCGGUUUUUUGAUGCCCAGGGGCGUUAACCGUAACCGUAACCGGUCUGCAUUUUCCCCAGAAGUCAAAAGACCAGACCGGACCGCAAAAAGACCGCAGACCGCGGUUUUUUGCGGUCUAUAG